AUGUCUUUAGAUUACGAAAGACCACUCAUUCCAGGGGACCAGGACCCGAGUAAGGCACCAGCGCUGCGGCUGGACCAUCGGUCUGUUUUGGCCCAGUCUGAGAUAUCUGUGAAUUCGGUUCCAGAAGAACUAAAAACUGCUAAACAACAUGCUUCUUCCAGACAUUGCUAUGGACAGAAUUUAGCAAGACCGCCGCUGGAAAAGGCACUCACUGACACGGACAACUUCAUUCAGAUCCAUGGGGACUCGUCUCGCCAAUUCAAACCGACUAACGGAACGGACAAUUACAGUCUUAGCAGCAACGGUGAAUUGGAAACCAGUGCACAAUCCAGUACCGACUCUUUAGUACCAGUUGACAACAAUCAGAUGUCUUCGAUCAAAGAGAUGAACAUGGCGGAAUCAAUGCGUCAAAGGCGCGACGAUUGGGCUGAAAGGGGUGCUGCUAAGAUCGUGAGAGAAGUUGUAAACCCAGAAACUGGAGUAAUGGCAAAACACGUCAUCAAAAAGGGCAUCAAAGAUUUCAAGUUUGGCGAAGUGUUGGGAGACGGCUCGUACUCGACCGUUAUGCUCGCUCGUUCCAAUGACAGUGGCAAGAAAUAUGCUGUCAAGGUGCUCAAUAAGGAGUACCUCAUACGUCAGAAAAAAGUGAAAUACGUCAAUAUCGAGAAAAACACACUACAGCGACUGAACAAUGGUCGAGGUGUGAUCAAGUUGUAUUUCACUUUCCAGGACGAAGCUAGCCUUUAUUUUCUACUGGAAUAUGCGCCCAACGGCGACUUUCUUUCGGUGAUCAAGAAAUAUGGGACUUUGGCAGAGGACUGUGCGCGAUACUACUCUGCCCAGAUUCUAGAUGCUAUAGACUACCUUCACCACAUGGGGGUAGUGCACAGAGACAUAAAGCCUGAAAACAUCUUGCUGGAUAAAGAUAUGAAGGUGAAGCUAACAGAUUUUGGCACCGCCAAACUUCUCGACAAAAACGGUAGUGCAGACUCCUAUGAUCUCACAGAAAGGUCGAAAUCAUUUGUUGGCACGGCUGAAUACGUCUCACCCGAACUUUUGAAUGAUAACUACGUGGACUACAAGUGUGACAUUUGGGCAUUUGGGUGCAUUUUGUUUCAAAUGAUAGCUGGGAAGCCACCAUUCAAGGCAACCAAUGAAUACUUGACCUUUCAAAAAGUCAUGAAAGUUCAAUAUGCAUUCACAGCGGGUUUCCCGCUAAUCAUCAGAGAUUUGAUCAAGCGUAUUCUGGUGAAAGCACCCGAGAAUAGGCUAGAUGCUGCACAGAUCAAGAAACACCAUUUUUUCAAAGACACAAAUUUUGACGAUAAUAGCAUUUGGAAUGAACCCGCUCCCGAGAUUGUUCCUUACAAGAUGAAUGCUAAGGCCAUGCAGCCAGUAUCUGCCCUUGACAAAACAAAACCACGGCUUGUUAUCAAUAUGCCAAAAAAACAAAGCCGGCCACAAACUCCUUCAGCUCCAUCAACACCCGAGCCUACGAAUGAACCCAAAAUCUCGGAAACAGUUCGGCCUCCAACGGAUGCCAGAACCGCCCAGAUAUUGGAAAAUGCUAAAAGAGAAAUUCAGAAUAGACGUCAGAACAACAGGAGAACAACCAGUGCGGCAUCUGCUGCUGCUUUAGCUCUAAUGAAGACUCCGGCUAGGUCGACCCCUCCGCCCAAUACAGUUAGAUCCGAAUCAUCUGGUGGAACUAACGCAACAGAUCCUCCGUCUCCUAGACCAACUCCUGUCCCCCCACCUUCUCGUUCGGAUCGAACCCAGACAGGGAGCAGCAGCGGAUCAUCUGCCACCGCUCAUGCAGUACCCCCCAUGAAUAAAACUGAUAUCCUGUGGUCUUUCUAUCUGAAAAAUAUUGAUGAGCGGGUUCUCAAAACAGGAGAAGUGGAAAUGACUAGCAUGAAGUCUCUUAUCUUGGAGAAGAGAUUAUCCAAGACGAAUGCGUCUCUAGUCGACCUGGGACGUCCCACACAGAGAACCACAUUUUUAUCGCAGGUUGCGAGGUCCGGGGGCGGUGUGACGGGUUUCAGAUCUGAAAGUAAUUCUGAGAGUCUUCUCGAGAAAGACUAUUAUCUCGAAUGGUCAAUCGCGGAUGGAGUUGUUGCUGAUUCUUACAAAAAAACUGAGUCUGACACUGAAGAGACCCAUGCGGUGUCGAAUAAAUUCAAAAAACUAUUCCAAGUCAAGAACGAGGAGGCUCCACGAGUUGCAGAAGUAUUCCCACUAUCAGGUUUUUUGAAAAGAUUUUUGGUGAUCACAACAUUUGGUCGCUGUCUUGUUUUUGUUAAAAGGAGUGUGGCGCAACCAGAGACUAAUCUCUAUUUCGACCUUGAGUAUGACAUUGACUUGUCUCAGAGAGACGUAAGGAUCAAAGAACUUAUUGUCGAGGGAGACGACUUUGAAGUAAGUGAUUUUCAGUACGUUGUGGAGACGCCUUUCAAAUCAUUUGUCUUCAAGUGCCGUGCUAAUGACUCAACGUGGCUAUCGACCUCGAUUAAAAGCGUGAAACUAUAUCACGACAGAAUCGUGGAAAGGAGCAGGCUAGGGGACCCCGCAGGCGUCGCCAGCAAAGCGGCUAGGCUCGCCAGUCCAACAAUACCGUCUACUUCUACUUUUGCAGCCAAGGCCUCCCCAACUUUUGUGAAAGCAUCGCCCAAAGCGUCUGAUCCAAAAUCACCCAGCAAACCAGAAAGCCCGGUAGCGUCACUGCUCUCUGCCGAAGGAUCCAAAUCAGGUCGUCUUUUCGAUACAUUUGUUGAUAAAAGAGGUAAGGAAAGUAAGAGGACAGCUAAGCCGGUACCCUUGUCCGGGAAACUGACUAACGGCCUCCCGUCAGCUAGUUUGGCGGGCGACAAGUCUCAGAAAUUACAUGAAGGUCUGAGCCAGUACACAUUUAGACAAGCUCAACGAUCAACAUCUUCAGGCAAAGGGUCAAGGCUUCUUGAAAGGUCUGAUCGGCCGUACAAAAGAUGA